CGCUGUUCUUCUUCCUAAACUCUCAACGUUCCUCAACGUGAUCAUCGUUGGCGACGUUCUAUCCCUAAAAACGACGGUACAUUUCAAUUUAAGUGCGGGGACGUCAUUGUCCCUUUGCAACAGUGUCUGCCAUUAAUCGCACCCACUCUACUCGUAAUCUUCAUCCCAGCGUGCAUAAUAUCCCAAAGUCGUCAAGACCAUCCACCAUCUUGCUAAUGAGCCUAUCUUUCGGCGGCCUUGGCUUGAUCUCCCUAUGGACUCCCUUUGAAUUCAGGUCUUUCGUCUUUCUUCUUGUAUUUGUUGCUGUAGUGCUCAUCCUUGCGUAUCUCACAAACCCCUCAGAGACAUCAUUUCGUGCUUAUCUAACCGAACAAUCCUUCCGCCAACACCUCAGCCAUCUUGAUGAUACCACGGACGAAUCUUCUGAUACUGAUGCCCAAUACUCUUCGCGUCCUGUGGACCGCAAUACACUGACUGACCGCACGCCACUUCCAUUUCACUUUGCAAACCGUGCUUCAGUAUCUCUACGCACCCCCAAGCAUAUCUUCCAUAGCAUCGGCAUUUGCACGAUCGCCACUACCCGCGGAGCUGCUGGCGUUACUGGACGUAAUUCAAGCACAACUAGUUUACAUGGUAACGGGAACUUGUCGGGCGUUUAUCAUGAUGGAUCGGUAGUAUCAGAUUCUUGGUUUAUUGGAGCGUUUGGUCACUGGUGGCGUGGCGGUCUUGUUGAUUCAUGGUAUCACGAUGCCAUGAUCGGAUCAAAGGACGCUGAAGGCUGGAGCUCUGGUAUACUUGGCUUCAAGGCUCUUGACAAACUCAACGAAUUCAACAGUCGCCCAUUUGCAAAGUCGGUUCCCUGUCCCAGGCUUCCAUCGCGUGGUACUCCACCUAGGUUACGUAAUCGUGAACGUUUCGCGCCGCGCCUUGGAUUAAUUCCUCGUCGUAACUCGACGCCUCCGCCACUUCCCAAGUCGGCUUCACUUCCCCUGCACACAGAUCACCGAACGCACGAGCAUAACCUUCAAAUAUCCCAACCAGUUUCCGACCAGACCUGUAUCGGCGUCUACGUCCCGCCUGUUGCUCAAACCAUCUCAUGUGGCCCUUCGAGAUCUGUAUCCAUCGAUGACUCCCCGAUGGUCGCGGAAGUCUUGAGGCAAAUCGCUGCUCAGCAGGCUUUCGUGGCAGAACUAGAUACCCAGAUUUGCGAGGCCCAAACAGCCGCCACUACGUCCCAUGAUGCGCUGGAAGCUGAAUUGGCCGAGCUGCGCAUACGUAAGCGCGAUGAAGAUCAACGCAAAGCCGAAGGGAAAGCUCGUGCCAAAAUGCUUGAGGAUGCACGACGCUCUGCUGAAACGGGAAGAAGAGAUGCCGAGAAGAAGCUCAAGGCCGCCCGCGGUGUGAAGGAGGGCGCUGUAAGGCGCAUUGAGGAAUUGGAGAACGAAAUUGGCAGGUUAAGGGGUCAAAUCGAGACAGACCGAGCGACUUUGCUUGAAGAAGCUGAGGUCGAGGACGCCAACCUAACACAGGAACUGGAACUGGAGCUUGAGACGAAGAAGAAGGAGGUUCGGAUUGCCGAGGAUGUUGUCGCCGCGCUCAACACACGUGCGAAGGAGCUCGAGGUUAAAAUCACAGAGGCACGCGAGCGACUCGAAGCCGCUAGGGAGCGAACGGAGGUUCUGAAACAGGAGCCGUUGUUUGUCCCUAUGCAGGUUUUGAACAGCGGCCAUUCCUCCACGCAAGAGCAAUACGGUCAUAUCAACGGUCACGGCAAUGCAAAUGAUUAUGACAUGGGUCAACCAGAUGCACCAUCCUGGUCUUCAACUUUCAGUCCCUUUGAUGAGCCGUUAGACAUCCAUUCUUCACCGGGGUCUUCGGAACGCGCACAAAGCGGUCUUGAUUCAGGAGAAUUUUCACGCUCUCCGAGACCUCCACGACUUUCGUUGGGAUCACUGUCAAACUUCAGCCCUAAUACAAGUGAAACGAGUGCUGUUUCGCGUCGCUCCAAGGGGUACACCAUCUUUGAUGACGAUAUCGCUUCCCUCGCGCAACCAUCACAAUCUGGUAAAAUCGCUCACGGUCAUUUCUCCCCCCACACGAAUUUGGCGUUCUCUCCCUUUGAUGUUCAAACACCGUCUUCAGCAUUCAUCCCAAGUAGCCUCAUUAGCGUGCUAGACUCCCCUUCUGGAGACUGCCGAGGCAUUGGAAGAGCUGGAAACACACUUAAUGUGUCACCUGUAUCCCUUACUGGACCUUCGCCCACACAGGAAAUGAAUGUUGAGUAUGAUCCUUUCGAAGUUCGCCACCACACUCAGGCCAUGUAUGACAAAAUGAGCAUGCCUCACCGUACGAACUCUGAUCCCUCCGCCGUACGCGCGCUGGACAACACUCUUGUCAAUGAUGCCGCUAUCAUGGGGUUGGAUUCUGGACCACGCAGGUGGUUCUCGACAUCUGCCAAGGACAAGCAACGCAAGGGCCUCAAUCCUGAUGCCAAGGUUUUCAGACUUCCGCGACGACAAGCUCCGGCUAUAUCCGAAUCCACCAGCGCCGCUCCUAUGGCUUGCUAUGACGCGCUGAAUCCAAACGGGCUGAUGUCCAGCAAUUCCUCGACUCCAUCUGCUCUCCUUCGCGCUUUUGCUCCCUCUCGAGCGGAACGUGAGGUACUUCAGCGCGCGCUUGGUGGUUCGACUAAUACGAGCCUCGAGCGUCUGCCAAGCCUCAGCGACGUCGGAAGUAUUCCAUCUUCUCCAGUGCACGCUCACGCUGAAGUGCAGCCGCUGCCGGCGUUUGGGGGGAAGGGGGCUGUUUUACCUGCGUGGCUACAGUCGCUGCCGUUGAUUCGGAAGCCCAACUUCAGCCCGUGGGAGGACGAAGAACCUGUCUCUGUGAGCACAGGCGGGGAGGCCAAGAGAAAGUAGAUGGUGUGUGGCAAGCGGAACGGGGGAGUGGGGGGAAACAGUGUACAAACCAUGGAAUGGUGUCUAGUCGUCCUGGCAUGACGAGGAAGGUGUUCGCAAUAGAGAAAAAGGGGUGGGUGGGGUAGCUGUAUUUGCUUUUCAAUUACCUGCUCGUCUGAUAUAUAUAUCGCAAUGCACGAAUUUGUUGAAUCGUUUCA